GUGAUCUUUAUCCUCUCGCCACAAAGAAUGAGAGGAUUCAGGGCAAGAACGCGCAGGUCCUCCGCGGUCACUGCUGGUCACUCCGAGUUGAACGUAGGCGCGAGCGGGCGCGGACAGCGUCGUGACUCGUGACAGGUCCGUUCGUUCGCAGCAACUUUCGUCACGAAGAGUUGACGAGGAACGACGGAGUCGUAAGGCAAGAGGACAGGUGUUACAAACAACAGACCGAGUCUCGCGCGUGCAAGAGACUUCGGAUAAUCGAUCGCAGGCGUUAGACCGCCGCGCCAGGGAAGUCGGACAAACCGAGUGGCGUCGCGACGCACGGCGUGCACGGCGCUCGCCGCUUCCGUGGAACGUGUAUCGUCGGAGCCAGAGCCAGUAUGGCCGUAGGACCUCAGCUGUUUUCACGUCACUGCCUACGUAUCUGAGAGACGAGUGAGAGAGGAAGUUAUCGCCAGCACCGCCGCCGGCUUGACCCGACGUUAAAUUAAAAAGAGAAGAAAAAAACAGGAAAAAAUGUCGUCGGUUAAGGUGGCGGUGAGGGUACGGCCCUUCAACUAUCGUGAGGUCAGUCGUCAGGCACAAUGUAUCAUAGAAAUGACGGGGAGUACUACUUCCAUAGUGAAUCCAAAAGCUACACCAGGAAGCAAAGAAGCGGUCAAGAGCUUCAAUUAUGACUAUUCCUACUUUUCUAUGGACCCAAAUGAUGAGAAUUACUCGUCUCAGCUUAUGGUUUAUAAGGAUAUCGGUGAAGAAAUGUUGGAGCAUGCUUUUGAAGGCUAUAACGUUUGCAUUUUUGCAUACGGUCAAACUGGCGCCGGUAAAUCUUACACUAUGAUGGGCAAGCAAGAAGAAGGGCAGGAAGGGAUAAUACCACAGAUUUGCAAGGAUCUGUUUAGGAAAAUCAGUUACACAUCUAAUGAGCGAUUGAAAUACUCGGUAGAAGUGAGUUAUAUGGAAAUCUAUUGCGAGAGGGUGCGCGAUUUGUUAAAUCCGAAAAAUAGGGGAAAUCUUCGAGUAAGGGAACACCCUCUUUACGGACCUUACGUCGAAGAUCUUUCCAAGUUAGCUGUAUUAUCAUAUGAAGACAUUCAUGAUCUCAUAGACGAAGGUAACAAAGCCAGGACUGUCGCAGCAACCAACAUGAAUGAAACAUCUAGCAGAUCGCACGCAGUUUUCACGAUAUUCUUUACACAACAACAACAGGAUAGUAUCACUGGUUUGAUGACGGAAAAAGUUAGCAAAAUAUCGCUGGUCGAUUUAGCCGGAUCCGAGAGAGCUGAUUCAACGGGUGCAAAAGGGACACGAUUGAAAGAAGGAGCCAACAUUAAUAAGAGUCUGACGACUCUCGGGAAGGUUAUCAGUGCCCUGGCCGAAAUUGCGGCAACAAAAAAGAAGAAGAAAGCCGAUUUUAUACCAUACAGAGACUCCGUUUUAACAUGGUUGUUGCGGGAGAACUUGGGCGGAAAUUCGAAAACUGCUAUGAUUGCAGCAGUUAGUCCUGCCGACAUCAAUUACGAUGAGACGCUUUCAACUUUACGAUAUGCGGACAGAGCGAAACAAAUUGUCUGCAAAGCCGUGGUCAACGAGGACGCGAAUGCCAGACUUAUCAGAGAACUUAAGGAAGAGAUACAGAAAUUACGCGAACUUUUAAAGCAAGAGGGCAUCGACGUACAAGAAGGGCCAGAUGGUAAAGUUACAUACGAAAAGAAAGAACCUAGGGAUGAAAUUAUUAGAACGAACAAGCGAAACGAAGAAGACACCAAGGAAACUCGACCAAGAAUUUCUUCUCAUACUACAUCCACCAUUGCCGAAGAGGCGGUUGAACAGUUGCAAGCGUCUGAAAAAUUAAUCGCAGAACUGAACGAAACAUGGGAAGAGAAGCUGAAACGAACCGAAUCGAUUCGCUUGCAACGCGAGGCAGUUUUCGCUGAAAUGGGAGUUGCUGUGAAAGAGGAUGGAGUCACAGUGGGCGUCUUCUCUCCUAAGAAGACACCGCACUUGGUAAAUCUGAAUGAGGAUCCUCUCAUGUCAGAAUGUCUGAUCUAUUACAUCAAGGAUGGAUUCACACGUAUUGGUAGUGCUGAGGCGCACGUACCUCAGGAUAUCCAGCUGUGUGGUCCACACAUACUUAGGGAGCACUGCGUUUUCGAGAACCACGAGGGGAUUAUAACUCUCAUACCGAAGAACGGAGCCUUGAUUUAUAUCAAUGGUCGCGAAGUAACCGAGCCACUUAUCCUAACGACUGGCUCACGUGUCAUCUUGGGAAAAAGCCAUGUUUUCCGAUUUAAUCACCCAGACCAAGUACGUGAACGGAUAGCGAACGGCUCUCCGGCAGAAACUCCCGGCAAUAACGAACCAUUAGCGGACUGGAAUUUCGCACAGGUCGAGUUAUUAGAAAAACAGGGAAUCGAUUUAAAGGUUGAAAUGGAAAAGAGACUACUUGUACUGGAGGAACAGUUCCGUAAAGAGAAGGAGGAAGCUGAUCAAUUGUUUGAAGAGCAGCGAAAAAGCUAUGAAGCACGGAUAGAUGCGCUACAGAGGCAAGUGGAAGAACAAAGUAUGACAAUGUCUAUGUAUAGCAGUUAUACGCCAGAAGACUUCAACAACAUCGAGGAAGAUAUUUUCGUCAACCCAUUGUUUGACGCAGAGAGCAACUGGACCGAGAGAGAGUUUCAACUGGCCGCUUGGGCCUUCCGCAAGUGGAAAUAUCAUCAAUUCACGAGUUUACGGGACGAUCUUUGGGGCAACGCGAUAUUCCUUAAAGAGGCUAAUGCUAUAUCCGUUGAACUAAAAAAGAAGGUUCAAUUCCAAUUUACCUUACUCACGGACACUCUUUAUUCGCCCUUACCUCUGGAUCUCUUGCCCAUUAUGGAUGAAGAAGAAGAAGAUGAAAGACCAUUCCCACGCACGAUCGUCGCCGUAGAAGUUCAAGAUAUAAAAAAUGGUGCUACGCAUUACUGGACCUUGGACAAGCUAAGACAGCGCUUGGAGUUGAUGCGACAUGUGUACAACGAGGACUCGAGCCCCAGCACUCCGGAGGCCAAAGAGGAUAUUUUCCAAUGUCUUACGGUCUACUCUAAUCCGAAGUUCUCGCUCGCAAAUCUUUUGCCUUCGAGGCAAAGGCUAGAGCUGAUGCGCGAAAUGUAUCACAAUGAGGCCGAGCUCUCACCGACGUCUCCGGACUUCAAUAUCGAAUCUAUUACGGGAGGCGAUCCAUUUUACGAUCGAUUUCCGUGGUUCCGCAUGGUCGGCAGAGCUUUCGUAUAUCUGAGCAAUCUCAUGUAUCCGGUACCACUGAUCCACAAAGUGGCUAUCGUAAACGAGAAGGGCGACGUUAAGGGUUACUUGCGAGUCGCUGUACAAGCCGUAGUUGAAGAGGAAAACAGUGAAUACUCAAGUGGCGUCAGACAAUCAGCCCGAAUCUCCUUUGAGGACGACUUGUUUGGCGGACAUAAGCAUAAUAAACGCAACUCGCUCCUGGCUCAAACUCUAGAGAAGAAUCGACAGAUUAUGCUGCACGAGGACCGCGUGGUCGAAGGGCAUAACGAGAUUAAUCAGAAGGAUAUGAAAGAUGAGGAUGAUAUAGGAGAUGCCGACAGCGGCAGAGGUGAUAGCUCAGUCUCGAGCGAUAUGAAGGAGGAAGAGUUGCCGGAUCACUUGCAACCCGGUGCAGAAUUCACUUUCAGGGUAACGGUCCUACAAGCUAUGGGUAUUUCCACGGAGUACGCUGACAUUUUCUGUCAGUUCAACUUCCUACAUCGACAUGAUGAAGCUUUUUCGACAGAGCCGGUAAAGAACACGGGCAAGGGUAAUCCACCUGGAUUUUAUCACGUACAAAACAUUACAGUCACGGUUACCAAAUCCUUCUUAGAAUAUCUGAAGACUCAACCUAUUGUCUUUGAAGUGUUUGGUCAUUAUCAGCAACAUCCGUUGCACAAAGAUGCGAAACUGGAAUACGUACGACAGCCACCGAAGAGGAUGCUACCGCCAUCCAUACCGAUCAGCCAGCCAGUUCGUUCGCCGAAAUUCGGGAGUGUUCUGCCGUCUCCCAGCACUUCGCAUGUGCACGCCAAAUACGAUGUAUUGGUGUGGUUCGAGAUCUGCGAAUUGGCACCGAACGGCGAAUACGUACCUUCAGUAGUGGACCAUAGCGACGAUCUACCAUGUCGUGGACUAUUCCUGCUCCAUCAAGGCAUACAGCGACGUAUACGAAUCACCAUUGUGCACGAGCCGGCUUCCGAAUUGAGAUGGAAAGACGUACGCGAACUUGUGGUUGGCCGCAUACGAAAUACCCCGGAACCCGAGGAAGAGGAUAAUGACUCAUCUGUGCUUUCACUGGGUUUGUUCCCGGGCGAGUAUCUCGAAAUUCCUGGCGACGAUCGAACCAUGUUCAGAUUCGAAGCAGCCUGGGACAGCUCUCUGCACAACUCGGCUCUGCUCAAUCGAGUCACGUCCUACGGAGAACAAAUCUUCAUGACCAUCUCCGCGUAUCUUGAGUUGGAGAAUUGUGGAAGACCUGCGAUUAUCACGAAAGAUUUAAGCAUGAUCAUCUACGGGAGAGACGCAAGAGUAGGGCCACGCUCACUCAAGCACCUAUUUAGUGGCAGCUAUCGCAACCAGGAAGCGAAUCGACUCAGUGGCGUCUACGAACUGGUGUUACGUCGUUCUUCGGAAGCAGGUAGCCCAGGAGUUCAAAGACGUCAACGUCGCGUCUUGGAUACGAGCUCCACAUACGUCCGGGGUGAAGAGAACCUUCACGGAUGGAGACCGCGUGGAGACAGUCUCAUAUUCGAUCAUCAGUGGGAGCUCGAGAAAUUGACAAGGUUGGAGGAAGUGGAGAGAGUGCGACAUACAUUAUUGUUGCGGGAGAAGCUUGGCAUUGACAAAGUACCAUUCUGCAAUAAGCCUCUGCACGAUUUUACGAAGAGCGAAAAGGACGUGUGUAAUAUGGUGGCAAAAGCCACAAACGAGCCACAUGCCAGCCCGGUAAAACUGAAACGUUCGACGAGUAAAGACGUUUACGAACCCUGGGAAAUGACUGAAAGAGAGCGUGAAUUAACGACUAAGUACAUUAAACUCAUCCAAGGAAGAAUCCCGAGCAAGGAACCGAUAUUACUAUCCGAUGUUUCGCCAGGGGAAGACACCAUAACCGAUUUAUCCGCGUCUAUGAUGUCCUCUGUCAUAUCGUCUUCAUCUCAAGAGUCAGUAUAUGCGAAAGCUAGCGAUUUUUUAGAGCAGGCUGCUGGUAUAAUAGUAUGGAGCAAGUCUAAGUCGUGCCUCCUUAGGUUGAGUUCGCCGGAAAGGGCUAGACUGCAAGAACUUCAGGAGAGUAUAUUGGCAAGCGAGUCGGCUAAUCAGACUUGUACUGUCGCGCCGUCGCCGCUUGGAUCAUCCUCGCCAUCGAAGGAGAACCUGGUAUUGUAUGUACCAGAGGUGGAGGAAAUACGUAUAAGUCCGGUAAUCGCGCGGAAAGGCUAUCUGAACGUUCUCGAGCACAAAACCAAUGGCUGGAAGAAACGCUGGGUGGCUGUUCGCCGACCGUAUGUUCUUAUUUUCCGAGAGGAGAAAGAUCCCGUCGAAAGGGCAUUAAUUAAUUUGGCUACGGCUCAAGUCGAAUAUUCUGAGGAUCAGCUGGCCAUGGUGAAAGUACCGAAUACUUUCAGUGUCGUCACCAAGCACAGAGGAUAUUUGCUGCAGACUUUAGGUGAUAAGGAGGUCUACGACUGGUUGUAUGCGAUUAAUCCUCUUCUAGCUGGUCAAAUUAGAUCGAAGCUUGCUCGUAAAGGUCCGGCUGCCCCGAAUUUAAGCAAUGGCGCGCCGAUUGGCAUGACACCACAACUGGAGAACAAUCAGACCAAGUGAGUGGUCGACACUAUGGCCGGGGUAACGAGUGCAAUAGCAAAGGCGUCGGAGAAAAUGCUGUGUUGGUCACACUCGGCCUUAGAGUCCCAAGACUUUUGCAACUUUCGAUUCCCGCUAGUCUUUGAUUGACUAAGCGGAGGCGAAGCUGUCCCUUGAGACUAUCCACGAUCGGCGGCAUAUUAAUAUCGACGUUUUACUUUACACAGCGUCCCCUUAGCACAUUAUAGGGCAGUCAGAAUGAGGAAGAAAGGAGAAAAGAAAAAGAAGAUGGUGCUCGUCUUUCGAAGAAGUUACAAAUGCGCGUACAAAUGCAUUCGGUUACACUGUGUUGGGAAAAAAAAUGUUCGUUUUUGAGUCUCUCCGUACAUUUCGAAUUCGCAUUCGAAGUGCUCUCCACGUCGACGAGACGAGAUCGCGCGCGAAUGUUUUCGUUGAAUUUUUAUUUCCGUGACGCGUAUAUCAACGUGUAACUACGCGAUACCUCUUACGUACGCAACAUGUGAGGAAGAUAGAAGAUGCAUUUAUGCCUAAUAA